AUGGCAGCACGAUCAUACAGCACCAUCUUGGCCCUCUCUUUGCUUCUUUUGGUUACAUUCUCUAAUGUGGCUGAGGCUUAUGGACGUGGUGGAACACUUCGUCCUUCAGAUUGUAAACCAAGGUGUACUUAUCGUUGCUCUGCAACUUCACACAAGAAGCCAUGCAUGUUUUUUUGCCAGAAGUGCUGCGCCACAUGCCUGUGUGUUCCUCCUGGCACAUAUGGUAACAAGCAAGUUUGUCCUUGCUAUAACAGCUGGAAGACAAAGGAAGGAGGACCCAAAUGCCCUUAA